AUGUUAGCAAAGUUGGUUAAAGAACACAAUUCGGCUCAACAGGUUCGAAAAGAGAUUCAAGAGAAAAGAAAAAACGAAGCAAUUGUUGCUGCUCAAAGUUUCUCCUCAGCAGUAGUUGACCAUCUCAAUUAUGCAGUGUCGCAAGCCUAUAACAACCAGAAACGUUUAGAUGUCGAGGCAAAGAAGUUGGAAAACAACUGCACUGUGCUAGCCAAACAAACUGAGCAGUGGGUGCAGUUGACAGACUCAUUAAAUAAUGCUCUCAAGGAAAUCGGAGAUGUGGAUAACUGGACGAGGACAAUAGAAAGUGACAUGAGAACAAUUGCUGAAACACUCCGAAUUGCUGCAGAAGGUUAG